GGCCAUGGUUUCACGUGGUUUCGCGAGGAAUUCAUUUCAUUUGGGACCACAGCGUCACCACUUGGGCUGGACGGUUUUCGUUGUGCAAUCCCAGGGUACUCAGAAGAGUCCUCAUCCCACCACUUUCCCACGACGGUCCACGGGGUUCCUGUCUAGCGAGGCUAUACUUUCACGUCUUUACCGAGUCUUUGAAACUUCAGUGUUCGUCGUCGCGUGAUCACGGCCAAGCUUUGCAUUUCGGGUCAUCUUGGCAUAAUGGCUAACGUGGACUUCCUCGGGAGGGCCAUCGAUAUUGUGAAAAAGGCAACCGAAGAAGAUGCCAAGAAAAAUUAUGCCGAGGCGUACAAGCUGUACUCGAACAGCUUGGAAUAUUUCAUGACGGCAUUAAAAUAUGAGAAGAACGAGCGGACGAAGGAGUCGAUCAAAAAGAAGUUUACCGAAUACUUGGAUCGAGCGGAGAAGUUGAAGGAGUAUUUGCGGAAGCAGGAGUCGAAAAAGAAACCGGUACCUGCUGGUGCAGUGUCGAAUGGAGCCAAGGACAAGAAAGGCGACGACGAUGAUGAUGAUGAGGAUGACGGGAAAGACAAAAAGGAGGACGCCGAAACUAAAAAGAUGCGCGACGCUUUGCAGGGCGCCAUCUUGCAGGAGAAGCCCAAUGUCAAAUGGGAUGACAUUGCUGGUCUGGAAGGCGCCAAAGAGGCGUUAAAGGAGGCAGUGAUUCUACCAAUCAAGUUUCCACAUCUCUUCACGGGGAAGAGAACGCCAUGGCGAGGAAUUUUGCUCUAUGGGCCCCCAGGAACCGGAAAGUCGUACUUGGCCAAAGCAGUGGCAACAGAGGCAAACGCAACGUUCUUCUCUGUCAGCUCCUCCGACCUUGUCAGCAAAUGGAUGGGAGAGAGUGAACGGCUGGUAAAGCAACUAUUCAUGCUGGCACGCGAAAACAAACCCGCCAUCAUUUUUAUCGACGAAGUUGACUCGCUGGCCGGCAAUCGUGGAGAAGGAGAGUCGGAGGCGAGUAGGAGAAUCAAGACCGAGUUCCUUGUUCAGAUGCAAGGUGUAGGCAACGACAUGCAAGGCGUGCUAGUCCUGGGCGCAACAAAUAUCCCAUGGGCUCUCGAUCCCGCUAUUCGAAGACGAUUCGAGAAACGUAUUUACAUCCCACUCCCCGACAUCAACGCCCGCGCGAAAAUGUUCCCACUAAACAUCGGCACCACAAAAUGCACAUUAUCAAUGCAUCACUACAAGGAGCUCGCCGAUCGGACAGAAGGUUUCUCCGGCUCCGACAUCACGGUCGUCGUCCGCGACGCCAUGAUGGAGCCGGUGCGCAAAGUCCAGCAGGCCACUCAUUUCAAACGCGUCGCUGGAAACAAAUGGAUGCCAUGUUCGCCAGGGGAUGCGGGAGCGGUGGAGAAGAGCUGGACGGAGGUGGAGGGCGAGGAGCUUGAGGAGCCGCCACUCACCGUUGUUGAUUUCCAUAAGGCGGCGUCGACGGCGAGGCCUAGUGUUAACGGGGCUGAUUUGCAGAGAUAUGUAGACUGGACAGAAGAGUUUGGUCAAGAAGGAUAGUCCGAGUUGCCGAGCGCCACGUUGUUUCAAUUGUAGAGUAUCGAUUUGUUUAGCUUCUAUGCCCCGUCAUUUUCUUGUGAUUAUAUUUUCUCAUUCAUCACAAAGCGGACA